CAGGCAGGGAUGGAAAUGAACAUCACGUUGAAUGGCUCCGGCGCCGGAGAAUAUCAAAUAACAAAAACAAAUGACUUUGUGGAAGCAUGUUAUUUAACAAAUAUGAGCAAUGGGGUAUGGGAAAGUGGAAGCGCCCUCACCACAUCUCUCCCUUUCUUACUCACCCAACUUUUCGUUGUUCUUUUCCUCGAUCGCAUCCUCUUAUCCAUCCUUAAACCUUUACACCAACCUCGAAUUGUCGCCCACAUCACCUGCGGUGUAUUGCUAGGUCCAACUUUCUUUGGAGAAACCGAUCUCUCUCGGAGCUAUGUCAUCCCUUACAAAACCACAAUGGUGUUAGAGACUUUCGCAAACCUGGCACUCGUAUAUUACAUGUUCCUCGUCGGACUAGAGAUGGACUUCUCGCUUAUCUUGGGUUGCGGUACUAAGCCGCUCACCUUUGCCAUUGCUGGAAUUUUGCUUCCGCUUGGGGUCGGUUUUGGCUUAUUCUUCCUAGCACUGAGUCACUCACAUGACUUUGACACCGGAGGUUCAAUGUUCUGGGCCAUAGUCCUCACCUCCACCAACUUCCCGGAUCUUGCUCGAGUUCUUGCCAACCUCAAGCUCUUGCAAUCAGACAUUGGGAGAACGGCAAUGUGUUCCGCCAUUAUAAGUGACCUCUGCUCUUGGCUUCUUCUUGUAGUAGCAAUAUCAAUUCUCAACACAAGCAAAUAUUACGCAUUGCUCUCCACCACCAUCUUCGUCCUAGUCAGCGUCUUCCUAAUCCGCCCUGCUCUAUCGUGGCUAAUCUGUUGCACAUCCAAAGGGGAGCAGGGCAAUAUUUAUAUCACCGAUAACCAUGUAUGGUUCAUUCUGGCAGGAAUCGUGCUCUUUGGAUUCAUUACCGACGCAUGUGGCUCCCAUUCUAUUUUUGGGGCUUUCAUGUUUGGAGUGAUCAUGCCACAGGAGUACGAGCACGAACACGGGAACAUGAUUGGAAGCACAGUUAUAGAGAAGCUUGAUCAUUUUGUAACGGGGAUCCUGAUGCCUCUCUUCUUUUUAGUCAGUGGAUUACGAUCUGAUGUUGCUUUUAUGUUGAGCAAAACUCCUUGGACAAUUGUGUUGCUAGUGGUAGUGGUGUCCUGUGCAGCCAAGAUUGUGAGUGCUUUUCUUGUGUCUUUGCUAUACAGGAUGCCACCUCGAGAAGGUCUGGCUCUGGGAUUGCUUAUGAAUACUAAAGGCGUAUUAGCGCUCAUAAUCCUAAACACAGGAAGGAACAUCAAGGCAGUAGAACCUAUCCUCGCUUACAGUUACCAGCCAAAGCAUCUUGUGAAUUACAGGAAUAGGACAAUCCAAAGAGCAACUACGGAGCUACGAAUCCUGGCGUGUGUCCAUUCCAUCCGCAACGUUUCUGGCAUACUAAGCCUUCUUAACCUUUCUAACGCCACCAAACAAUCCCCUCUCUGCAUCUUUUCCGUGCACCUUGUGGAGCUCACUGGACGAGCUAGCACUGCAGUGCUAAUUGUGCAUGACGAGUUCAAGCCUACCAACAACCGCACCAAAACAGAGACGGGCCAAAUCAACAUUGCCUUUGAUAACUUCGAGAAGAAAAACGCGGCGGUUACACUGCGCACGAUCACUGCUCUGUCCCCUUAUGCCACCAUGCAUGUGGAUGUUUGCAGCCUCGCGGAAGACAAGCGUGUGGCUCUGAUCAUCCUGCCCUUUCACAAGCAGAUGAACACCGAUGGUAGGAUGGGGAACACCAACUCUACUUUUGCCGAUGUCAACCAUAACGUGUUAAUGAAUGCACCCUGUUCUGUGGGCAUAUUGGUUGAUCGAGGGUUGGGCUCAAAACAUGUGGACUCACAGCACGGCCAGCAGCAGGUUGCAGAGCAAAUUGCCAUGUUAUUCAUCGGUGGGCCAGAUGACCGUGAGGCAUUGGCUUAUGCUUGGAGAAUGGCAGGGCAUCCCAAUGUAAGGCUAACGGUAGUAAGAUUUAUUCUUAGGAAAGAUGCUGCAAUGAUGGUUGAGGAGAGGGAAAAAAAGAUGGAUGAUGAGUACAUAUACGAGUUCAAGUUCAAGACCAUGCAGAAUAGUUCCAUCAAUUACAUGGAGAAAGUGGUAAAAAAUAACCAAGAGACAAUAGCAGCAAUAAGAACAAUGGGUGAUGUGUAUGAUUUAUACGUAGUAGGAAGAGGGAAAGGAGUAAAAUCACCCUCGACGCUGGAGCUCUCAAAUUGGAGCAUCUGCCCUGAGUUGGGAAUAAUAGGGGAUAUAUUAGGGUCUUCUAACUUUGCAUUACAUGCAUCCGUGCUAGUAGUGCAGCAAUACAGCCAUGGAUCCACAAUGACUCUCAAUCUGUCAAACAGAAGCAAUAAUGAUGAUAGUGAUCAAGACGAGGGCUAUCAAUCAUGAUCACAAAGCAAGAUCUCGGGCUUAAUUAUAAAUAUAAUAUAUAUCCUACUGCGUUGUGCAGUAGGUAGAGGUCAUAGAGAGAAGAGUUUGCAUAAGUAAAGCCCAGAAUCUUAUUCCUCACAUUGAAGAAGAUAUAAUGCAAAAUUAAAUAGCACUUUCAGUC